AUGUCACUUUUAAAAUGGAUGGGAAUGGCACCUUCUGGAAAGACAUCGGCUAACGAAGCUUGGGGUAGUGGGUCUGAGAAGUACUUUGGCUUAGAGAAUCAUUCAUACUUUAAAACUUCAUUCUCGAUAAACUAUUAUUUCAGUUCGGUAAUACCUGAUAAUAAAGUCAAUGGAGAUUCUAAUUCGACGUCGGUACAAGGAAUGGAAGACACGUUAUUCAGUGCUUUGAAAGAUCUAUUUUGGAAAAUAAAUAGUCAAAAAAAACGACAAGGUGUUUUAGCACCAAAUCAUUUUAUUGCCAAGAUAAAAAAAGAAAAUGAACUUUUUCGGUCAACGCAACAUCAAGAUGCCCACGAAUUUUUGAAUUAUGUUCUUAACGCUAUAGCCGAAAAUGUUAUGGAACAACAGAAGAAACUCGAAAAGCAAUUACGUGAACAAGAACAGCAAUGUGAUAUUAGCGUAAAGUCUCCAACGCAGAGUAAUGGUGAGGAAAAUGGUAAUUCAGCAGAUGAAAAUUCACUUAAAGGUUCAGAAACAACGUCUAGUACAAACACGACGAAUACAACGUGGGUACACCAACUUUUCGAAGGCACAUUAACAAACGAAACCAAAUGUUUAACUUGUGAAACUGUCACGAGCAGAGAUGAAUCUUUUCUUGACCUUUCCAUUGAUAUUGAACCAAAUUCAUCAGUUACAUCAUGUUUACGGCAAUUCUCUGCAAGUGAGAUGUUGUGUCAUAAGAAUAAAUUUUUUUGUGAUGUAUGUUGUGGUCUACAAGAAGCAGAAAAGAGAAUGAAAAUUAAAAAAUUACCCAAUGUUCUCGCGCUUCAUCUGAAACGUUUCAAAUAUCAUGAGAAAUUACAACGAAACGUAAAAUUGGCAUAUAGAGUUGUUUUUCCAUUUGAAUUACGACUAUUCAAUACAUGUGAUGAUACUGAAGAUCCGGACCGUCUGUAUGAACUUUAUGCAAUUUGUGUACAUAUUGGAAGUGGACCAUAUCAUGGCCAUUAUGUGACCUUGGUAAAGAGUAUGGGACAAUGGCUUCUAUUUGAUGAUGAUUCCGUUGAGUCAGUUGAUGAAAGUGAAAUACAAAAAUAUUUUGGUGAACCAGGAUCUGGAUCAGGUUAUGUGUUAUUUUAUCAGGCAUGCGAUUUAGAUUUAAGUUCACUUGAUCCUUCAUUUUCUGAAAUGAUCAAACAACUUAGUCCUGUAAGAAAAAAAGACAAUAAUUCAGAUUCAAGACGAAAAUCUCAUGUUGACCCAGAUAAUAAUAAUUCAAAAGACAAUGAUGAAAAUCAAAAUAAUACACACGAGAAACAAUCAUCUAAUGAAAAAGAAAAAUCACAAGAAAAAGAACGAUCAUGGUUUGCUUCACGUUCAAGUAAGAAAGAGAAGAAAGCAGCAGAAAAGGAAGAAAAGAAAAAGGAAGAAAAGAAAAAAGAGAAAAAAUCAAAAUCAGAAAAUAAGAAAAUAGAAAAAGAAAAAUUAGCAUCAAUCAAUUCUAAUGGUGCUAAUGGAAUAAAGACUGGGACGCUUGAUUAUGUCGUUUAUGAUCUACAGAAAGAAGAAAGUGGAAAAUUCGGAUAA